GUCGAAAUUAAACCCGGCUGCAGGAGUUUCCAGGACAUUUGAUAGCGCCAUCGUGGAUGUGACUGCGGCUCCUGUGCUCGUCUCUCUGCGUCACGGUGCGUCACGGUGCGCCAGAGGUCGCUGUUCUGACUCGUGCGUCACCUCUCCGUCCUCUCUUUCGAUUUUGGAGAGAAAAUGGAGAAACGCUGCACGGACUCACGAGUCAAAGGAGUCAGCACAGGGACCACCAUCCUGGCUGCUGUUUUCAAYGGAGGGGUCGUGAUUGGUUCAGACUCCAGGGCUUCAAUGGGAGGGGAAUAUGUCUCAUCUAAGACCAUCAACAAGGUGAUUCAGGUUCAUGACCAGAUCUUCUGCUGCAUGUCCGGCUCGCUCGCAGACGCUCAGGCCGUCACCAAGGCGGCCAAAUUCCACCUGUCCUUCCACAGCGUCCAGAUGGAGACGCCUCCACUGGUGAUAGCAGCAGCGUCGGUGCUGAAGGGACUGUGCUACGAAAACAAAGAGGAGCUGCAGGCCGGCUUCAUCACAGCAGGCUGGGACAAGAAGGACGGACCACAGGUGUACGUUGUGUCUCUGGGUGGGAUGUUAGUCCGUCAGCCUGUGACCAUCGGUGGCUCAGGAAGCACUUACAUCUACGGCUACGUUGAUGCCAAAUACAAACCCAACAUGAGCAGAGAAGAAUGUCUACAGUUUGCCCUUAAUGCUCUUGCUUUGGCCAUGGGCCGAGACAACGUCAGCGGCGGCGUGGCUAACCUGGUGGUGGUCACAGAAAAGGGGGUGGAGCAUGUGGUCGUACCUGGUGACAAGCUGCCCAAGUUCCACCACGAGUGACCACCUUCAAAGUCCUGCUGAUAUUCUCAUGUUGUUUUGUACAAUGGCGAGUAUUGAUUAGGAUUCAACUCCACGGUUUGAUUCUAAAUCGUUAUGUUGGACUGAGAUAUUCAAAUCACACACCUGAAGUCAUCGAGACAAACUGAACAGUGUGUAGUUWACAGCAGUGUCACCUGUUGUUGUUAUAGUUUAUACAGAUUCAUGGCCCAACUUCAAAAUUCCACCAUCACAUCAAAUUGUUUCCAUUCAAAUAAAUCAGGUUUCUUUUUGAUUUUUAUGUUUUGUCUUCUAGGAAAUAUGUAAAUUUAAAAUAAAUAUUUUCCUAAACUUUCUUUCUUUUUUUGGUUCUGUGCUUCAACAUCUCUUCGUCGAUUUCUGAUGUUUUUUUGUUGCACUUGCCCCAAAUUUGUGUUCCCUCUCACUAUGUUGUAACACAAUUAUUUCGUGUUUUGUGGCUCUGAUGUGGAAUAAAUGAGUUAUA